GCCAGGCAGCGGGACGCGGGGCCGGCGCGGCCAUGGCCGCCCGCGGCGGGCAGCGGGAGCGGGAGCGGCCGGACGCGGUGCAGCUGGACCGGCUCCUGAGCGAGCGGGUGCACAAAGAGAUGCGGCACCAGAAGCUGUACACGCAGUACACCGUGAACCCGCUCCAACCCGUUUACACAGUCACCAGGAAGCCAAUGUCUUGGCAUGACAACAUAGACGAGCCAACAGAUGAUGAGCUCCUGAAACUUUUUCACCGCGCGGCACUGCAGCCAAGACAGAAAUAUUCAGAGCCACAAACUGAAAGCCAAGAAAUUGGCUGGAACACAACACCUCUGAUUCCUGUGGACCGUAAUGAUUGCAGACUCCACUUCCCACGCCGGAAAACCGAGUUCACUACAUAAAUGGCUGCCCUGGGGCAUGGGGAGGAGGAGAGUAAGAACCUUCAGUAGUAGAGGGGGAAAGCUACUCAGAUAGACUGUUAAUGACAUCUAAUGUGUUAGGCCUGCUUGUUAAUAGGCAAAUCUGGUAGACUUCUAGUAAGAGACAACAGAAAAGGGAAGAGAGAAGCUCAGUCUGUCCAGAUUUGCAGCCUGACAAUACUGACAGAAAUAAAUUUAUAAGACUGCUG